UCUGGCGACCCAUUGGUUCUCCACUACCACCCUUCUCCCGGGUAGGGAGACUGGUCGCGGAGCCGGAAGCGAAGUAGCCUUUGGGUUCGAGACAGCGGCGGCGUUUAAAGCAGAACGACCUGUUGCCAGUGGAGCUGGCCAGCUUCUCCAUUCAGGCUCCAGCCCGAGUUGGAGGAAAAACCCCGGAAUUCCGGUGGCCCAUGGGAGGGCGCAGUCUCGGAUCGAGAACUAUCCGGCACAGACCGAAAUAGCCGAGCCUGUGAGGGCCACCGGAAACCCCGCCUCUAGGAGGAGUCGGGAAGCCUUGCCAGAGGUAGGAACCCAAAGGGACGGCUCCUGGGGUGGGUCCCGCCGGCCAUGGCCACGCCCCCCGGGGCCGGUCCCGCCGCUCUUCGCUUCGCAGCCGCUGCCUGCUGGCAAGUCGUGCGCGGACGCUGCGUGGAGCAUUUUCCGCGAGUAUUGGAGUUUCUGCGAUCCCUGCGCGCUGCUGCCCCCGGCUUGGUUCGCUACCGGCACCAUGAACGCCUGUGUAUGGGCCUAAAGGCCAAGCUGGUGGUGGAGAUGAUCCUGCAGGGCCGACCUUGGGCUCAGGUUCUGAAUGCCCUGCAUCGCCACUUCCCAGAGUCUGGACCUGCAGUGCGGGACCCCAAAGCCACAAAGCAGGAUCUGAGAAAGAUCUCAGAGGCUCGGGAAACCUUUUGCCAGCAGGUGAAGCAGCUGGCAGAAGCCCCUGUUGAUUUGGCUUCGAAGCUACAGGAACUUGAACAAGAGUAUGGGGAACUUUUUCUGGCUGCCAUGGAAAAGCUGUUUUUUGAAUACCUGUGUCAGCUGGAAAAAGCACUGCCUACGCUGCAGGCACAGCAGCUUCAGGAUGUGCUGAGUUGGAUGCAGCCUGGAGUUUCUAUCACUUCUUCUUUUGUCUUGAGCCAAUAUGGUGUGGACAUGGGGUGGCCACUUCCAGAGUGCUUUGCUACUGAUUCAAUGAACAUGACAGAGCCUAUGGAGCAGAGUCCUCCCCAGCAACCAAGACCAGCACUCCACGACCCUCUGCCAAAAGCCCGGCCUGGCCCACACCUUCCUCAGGGUCCAGCCUCAAGGAAGCACCCGGAACCUUUGACUGGCCACCACUUCAAUCUGGCCCCUCUAGGCCGGCGAAGAAUCCAGUCCCGGUGGGCAUCCACUAGCAAAGGCCAUAAGGAGCGCCCCACAGUCAUGCUGUUCCCCUUUAGGAAUCUGGGUUCACCAACGCAGGUCAUAUCUAAGCCUGGGAACAGGGAAGAACAUGGGACACACACAUUAGAUCCAGCAGGUGCUGUGGGCACCAGAGCAGCCUCGACUGGCAAGUCUAGGAGUCCGUCCAAGACCCUGGGAGGAAGGGCUCUGAAGGAGAACCCAAUUGACUUGUCUGCCUCAGAGCAAAAGGAGAACUGCUUGGAUUGCCCCAUGGAACCCCUGAGAUUGUCAUUAUCGCCUCCUAGGGCCAGGAAGUCAGUGCGUCCUCCAUCUCUGUGCAGCUCUGACAUUACUAUAGGGGACCUGGUUUUGGACUCCGACGAGGAAGAAAAUGGCCAGAGGGAAGGAAGGCCUGAUCCUAGACCCUCAGAGGUGACUCAUCCUCUUCUACAGGAUCCUCCUUCUGUGCCCUCCUUACCGAAAGCCUUGGCCACAUCCCCGGGACAGUUGCAGCCUCCGUCCUGCAAAGUAAGGAGCACUAUGAAGAGAGAGCAUGGAUGCCCCAAGCCCUCUAGGAGGUCCCAGUGGCCCACCUCAAAGCUGACAGGAACCCAGGAGUCCUGAGUCACCUCUACCAGAGCCUCCAGACCUGCCAGAGAACCCAGAUGUCUGGCAGCCUCACACCCUACCCUGCCCUUGGCCUUACGGAAAUGAUGUGGCCUUUGAGGCCAUGGGCAGCAUCUGCGCACUCCAUCACUGCGCUCAGCUGUGGAUACCCCACUCCGGUCUUCUUCCGGGUGGUACACACAGAGCCUGAGAAGAACGUGACAAGGAUGAGAGGAAAGUUCUCCACAGGUGUCUGCCACUGAAGCAGUGGCCAGUGGCCCCCAGUGAACCAGCUUACCUGGUCCAAUUCCCACUUUGAUGAUGUCAGCCCCAGAGAGAAUCAGCUCUUCCACCAUCUCUCCUGUUACCACAUUCCCUGCCUGGGACAGAACCAUCAAAACAGAGCAUUCUUAGGGUCAGAAAAAGAGGCAAUUGCAUGCUUCCAGCAUUAUUACAAAGAAGAGUACCUCGGUUCCCUCUAUCUGGGCCCUCUGAGGGCUUUUAGACCAGUCACUUCAAAGGACCCUGCUUUCCAAGCUGAGGUAAGGGGGUGAGUGGCCAGUGUCACUGUUGUACUGGGGUAAAGCGGGGGUCCAACUGGAACAAGCUCACAUCUGAUUUACAGUAGAUUUAUCUCCCCCUCCCCUCCAAAAGACUCAAACACAUCCUUUGCUUAAGCUGUUAUGUCAUGAAACCUCUCUGGCUUCCGGGAAACGGGGAGGACAUGGUACUGUCGGCUAAAUACCCAUCUACACAAUUGUAUUUGCUUUUGAUGGACAGAACAGAGAGACCCCUCAAUGCUGCGAAGAAAGUAAGGCCUUGUCAUCACUCCCCUGAGCUUGUAAAAAAAAAUAAAAUAAAACAUCAUUUCAUGCAA